UGAAAAUGGCUUGCGUGGGCAUUAUUUAUAUGUCAUCCUUGUUAUAGUCCAAUGUACACCCAAGUAACCAUUUGUUUUCAGACAUAAUCAUAGAAAAGGAGUAACAUAAAGAUUGAAGAAGAGAAAGAGGAUGGGCAACCUCUUCUGUUGUGUCCAAGUAGACCAAUCUACGGUGGCCAUAAAGGAAAGAUUCGGAAAGUUCGAUGACGUACUAGAGCCGGGAUGCCAUUGCUUGCCUUGGUGCCUUGGGAGCCAACUCGCAGGUCAUCUCACCCUCCGGUUACAGCAGCUCGAUGUUCGUUGCGAGACCAAGACUAAGGACAAUGUGUUCGUCAACGUCGUUGCGUCGGUACAAUACCGUGCCUUGGCUGAGAAGGCAAAUGAUGCUUUCUACAAACUUAGCAACCCCAGGACACAAAUUCAAGCCUAUGUCUUUGAUGUUAUCAGGGCAAGCGUUCCAAAGCUGGAUCUGGACGAUGCUUUUGAGCAAAAGAACGAUAUUGCUAAAGCCGUCGAAGAUGAGCUCGAAAAGGCUAUGUCUGCUUAUGGAUAUGAGAUUGUCCAGACUCUCAUUGUUGAUAUAGAACCAGAUGAACAUGUCAAAAGGGCCAUGAACGAAAUUAAUGCCGCUGCUAGGAUGAGAGUUGCAGCAAACGAGAAAGCAGAGGCGGAGAAGAUUAUACAGAUAAAAAGAGCAGAGGGAGAGGCCGAGUCGAAGUAUCUGUCGGGCAUGGGGAUCGCGAGGCAACGACAGGCCAUCGUCGAUGGUCUAAGGGACAGUGUGCUUGGAUUCUCAGUCAAUGUUCCAGGGACAACGGCUAAGGAUGUUUUGGAUAUGGUCCUUAUUACUCAGUAUUUUGAUACCAUGAAAGAAAUUGGUGCUGCCUCCAAAUCUUCAUCGGUGUUCAUCCCCCACGGACCCGGUGCUGUUCGAGACAUUGCCACCCAGAUUCGAGAUGGCCUACUUCAGGCAUCCCAGCAUCAUGAAUAAAAGUGGUCGGAUUCAUGAUCGUAUAACUGCUGUCUUGUAAUAAAAAGAAUUGCAGGUGAAAGCUUACAUGGUAUUGAAAUCUGAUACGGUUUAGUGUGUUCAAGUGAAGUCUAUGUUAAGUUGUUUAUAAAUAUGAAAUGUAAUUUGCUAUAUGUAAAGUUAAUGGAAGUGAACAUUUCCCAUUA